AACAUCCGUUCCCGGCGGCGCAGCUCUUCACCGAGUGCUCCUAGUCGAACUUUGCCUGUUGCGGCGGCCGCUGCCAUGUCUGCCUCUACGAACACCUCGUCUGCUGCUGCUCGCCUCGCUCUCGUGACUGGAGGUGGAAGCGGCAUCGGGAAAAGCGUCUGCCAUGCUCUCGCCAGCGAGGGUACUCACGUCAUCGUGGCAGACCUCAAUCUGGACGCCGCGACCGCCACUGCCUCAUCUCUGCUAGGCAGCCAGCAACAUCAUGCCUUUAAGGUGGACGUCGGGUGCUCCGCAUCGGUGAAGUCGCUCUUCCGAGACAUCCAGAAGACCUUUGCCCGCCCGCCAAACGUAGUCGUCAACUGUGCCGGAAUAGCCAUCCCAGCAACAGCUGUCGUCGACACCACCGGGGAGGACUUCGAUCAGGUCAUUCGAGUCAACCUGAAGGGGAGCUUCCUGGUGACCCAAGCGGCUGGUCGAGCCAUGAUUGCCGACAAAGUUACCGACGGCGCCAUCGUGAACAUGUCAAGCAUGAUGGCAAAAAUAAUCCACAAUGGCGAGUGCGCGUACUCGGCCUCCAAGGCAGGAAUCGUGGCGCUUACCAAAGUGGCAGCGAAGGAGCUGGCUUCCCACGGCGUUCGUGUCAACGUCGUUCUACCCAGUCUUAUUACAACGCCAUUGUCCUCCUCGUGCAACACUUCAGAGUUUCUGUCCCAGGUCUCGGCCCGCAUUCCCCUAGGAAGGGCCGGUCUUCCAGAAGAGGUGGCCGAAGCCGUUAAGUUUCUCUGCAGCUCCCGAAGCAGCUUUAUGACUGGCUCGGCCGUUGAUGUUUCUGGCGGCGUGUGAAUCGUGAUUCAGGCGGCUUCGGUGGUGAUCUUCAGAGCGAUCGAAACGACAGCAAAGGCAAAGUCACCGGGACAAGAGUGCGCUGGACACAAUGUGGCAACAAUUAAAGAUGUAGUUUUGUGACGCAGUCAUCA